CCGCUGCCGCUCGCCGCCAGGCUCCGUUCCGGGGCCUCCGCCGCAGGCUCUGAGCUCCGCGGGGCCGCAGGAGCCUGCCGGGGCCGGCGGUCGGCAGCGUCCGGAGCGCGGAGCUCUGCCUCGGCCUCGGCUCUGCCUCCCCUCCGGGUGCCAGCAUGGCCUCACAGAAGGACCCAGACAGGAGCUGGGAGAAGACGCAGCCAGAGAGCAAGAUGGCAAAGUGCAGCCCCGAGAAAGAGGGGGAGACAGAGGUUGGCAGCCAUGAGGAGAAUGAUGACUAUGAUGAUGAUGAGGAGUAUGAGGAGGAUGAUGAUGAGAGUGAAGAUGACCAGGAUGAGGGAGCGCAGGAGGAGGACGGGUACAUGGCAGCCCCUUCUGUGCCACUCAAGCAGCUGAUUCCGUGCCCCGAGUGCGGGCUGAGCUUCCCACCUGGCUUGGAGCCAGCGAGGCACCGCUGCCCCCACCCUCGUACACGACCCUUCAGCUGCGCUGCCUGCGGCGAGAGCUUCAAAACGAGUUCCAGACUCGUUAGCCAUUGCCGGUCCCACAGGGCCACGAAGCCCUUCAGCUGCGCUGACUGCGGCCAGACCUUCACCAAGCACUUCAACCUGACUGUGCACCGCCGAACCCACACCGGUGAGAAGCCCUUCAGCUGCGCUGACUGCGGCCAGGGCUUCACCAAGCUUUGCAACCUGACUGUGCACCGCCGAACCCACACCGGUGAGAAGCCCUUCAGCUGCGCCGACUGCGGCAAGAGUUUCACCCAGAAGUCUGCCCUCGCCCAGCACCACAGUGUCCACAGCACUGAGAAGUGCUACAGCUGCAGGGACUGUGGCAAGAGCUUCAAACACGUCUCGAAGCUCACCAUCCACCGCCGCAUCCAUACCGGAGAGAGGCUGUUCCCCUGUGCCGUCUGCGGCAGGAACUUCACCACGAGCUCCCAAUUCAUCCAGCACCAACUCAUCCACAGCGGUGAGAGGCCCUACAGCUGCCCCGACUGCGGCAAGAGCUUCAGCUGCAGCUCCACCCUGACCUACCACCGCCGUGUCCACACUGGCGAGAAGCCCUUCGCCUGCUCUGACUGCGGCAAGACCUUCACCCGCGGCUCCACCCUCACUGCGCACCGUCGCAUCCACACUGGUGAGAAGCCCUACGCAUGCUCUGACUGCGGCAAGACCUUCUGCUUCAGCUCUGCCCUCGCCCAGCACCGUCGUGUCCACACUGGCGAGAAGCCCUUCUCCUGCUCUGACUGCGGCAAGAGCUUCACCCACAGCUCUGCCCUCACCCAGCACCGUCGCGUUCACACCGGCGAGAAGCCCUACGCCUGCUCUGACUGCGGCAAGACCUUCAGCUUCAGCUCCGCCCUCACCCAGCACUGUCGCGUCCACACCGGCGAGAAGCCCUACGCCUGCUCUGACUGCGGCAAGAGCUUCACCUGGAGCUCUACCCUCGCUGUGCACCAUCGCGUCCACACUGGCGAGAAGCCUUUCACCUGCCCUGACUGCGGCAAGACCUUCGCCCACAGCUCUGCCCUCACCCAGCACCGUCGCGUUCACACCGGUGAGAAGCCUUUCACCUGCCCUGACUGCGGCCAGAGCUUCACCCAGCGAGGCAGCCUCACUUAUCACCACCAUACCCACACUGGUGACUGACCCACGCUGCAGGGGAAGCCCAAAUAGCCCCACCCUGGCUCCGUUUUGUGCUCCCCCACCCUGGGAAGGCCUUUCCAGCAGAUUGAACAAC